AUGCACGCCUUAGUGAACGCCUUCAUGCGCUGCCUCUCCUUCCUCUUGCCUCCCUCUUGGCUUUGUGUCAGCUUUUGCUUGUGGGUUGGGAAUGACUGCGAAGAGACGCUGCCGCGGCCCAAUCCCAGAGCUCGUUUCAAAAGCAGAAAGCCUCUUACAUAUGAGGAAGUAGCAGCAGUAGCAGCAGCAGCAGCAGCAGCAGUAGAAGCCCAACGAGGCUCCAGCCCGUCGGUCUCACCAGGUCCAGGCUGCGUCUCGCCGGCUGCUACAAGCCCCGUUGCUCCUCAGGGCCCUCCAUCGGGUCGGAUCUGGAUCGGGGGUCUCUGGCGAGCCGUGGAGCGCGUCUUCGGAGCCCCCUGGGUCCUUCUCCGCCAUCACUGGUGCCCGAAGAAACGUCGAGCAGCUUUACGCACCCCGUAUCCUGUCUGUGCCUUCGAGUCGAGCGCGAUUAAAAGCUUCCAGGGAGGCGCUGCUGCUGCUGCUACGACCGAGGGAGGCAGGGGAGCGGGUGGAGGCACCUUGGCUGAUUUGAGGAACAUGAGUGGGUCCGUGGGGAUCCCCAGUCCGAACCCAGCGGAGUGCGCCUCGGAUGCGUCAGCGGAGCGGGGCAUCGAUGAGGUAAUCACCGUGGAUCAGCUCACGCAGGAGAUGGGGACGGUGACGAUAACAGUGGCCAUUCAAGCGGCGGAGGACGAGGAACCAGAGGAAGUGUCAUCCAAUAAUAUUGACUUCCUCGGAGGCAGCUGUAGUGAGGACGAAAUCGGAAGACAUGACAAAUCAAGCGGUGCCGGGACCAGCGGAGGAGAGCUGGAGGAGGAGAGCUGGCAGCCCCCGGAUCCAGAACUCAUCCAGAAGUUGGUCACGCAGAUCGAGUACUACCUGUCUGAUGAGAACCUGGAGCAUGAUGCCUUCCUGCUCAAACACGUCAGACGCAACAAACUCGGGUUUGUCAGCGUCAAGUUGCUCACUUCAUUCAAAAAGGUGAAACACUUGACUCGCGACUGGAGAACGACUGCUUAUGCUCUGAGACACUCAAAGAUACUUGAGCUGAACGAUGAGGGGCGCAAGGUGCGGCGUAAAUCUGCAGUCCCAGUCUUUGCCAGCGAGUCGUUGCCCAGUCGCAUGCUGCUGUUAAGUGAUUUGCAGAGGUGGCCAGAGCUGGCUGCUCUCACUAAAGAUAAUGGCGGCAGCGAGGGAGGAGCCCCUCAGCAGGAGCAGCUGAUGAAGCUGUUGCUGAAAGCGUUCGGAACAUACGGCGCCAUCGCCUCUGUCAGAGUCCUGAAACCCGGGAAGGACCUGCCGGCUGACCUGAAGAGGCUGAGCGGCCGCUACACUCAGCUAGGCACUGAGGAAUGUGCCAUUGUGGAGUUUGAGGAGGUGGAGGCUGCUGUUAAAGCAAAUGAAGCUGUGGGGAGCGAGGAUGGAGGGGCCAGUUCGUUGGGGUUGAAAGUAGUCCUGAUUGGCACCAAGCCGCCCAAGAAGAAGGUACCCAAAGAAAGGCCGCGUGAGGAGGGAGGCAUGCGCAAAAGUCGCUCGCUCAACAGUAGAGUACGAGAGCUUCAGUAUCACGGGGACGAUUCGGCCUGCAGCUCCUCAGACACUGAGAGCAACCCUACGUCCCCUAGGCUGGCCAGAAAGUCCCAGUCCUGCAAUAAGCUCAGCCCCACCACUGCAGGCAUCAGCUUCCAGAACAAUCACCUAAGUCCUGGUAUGUCCCCGCGUAACAGUCCCUGGUCUAGCCCCCGUGCCAGCCCCUGUUCUCAGCGCAAGUCUCCCCAUUCUCAUAAGUCUCCCUUAGCCAGCGAGGGCAGACUGAGUCCUGAGGCUGGGCGUCGCUGGGCAGACUACUCCUCAGACAGUAGCCUCACUCCUUCAGGGAGCCCAUGGGUUCAGCGGCGCAAGCAGGUGGCAUCUCAGGAGAGCAGUCCGGUCGGCAGCCCGAUGAUGGGCAGAAAGAUCCAGAAUGCCGAUGGCCUGCCGCCGGGCGUAAUGAGGCUGCCGCGGGGUCCCGAUGGAACCCGGGGCUUUCACUGUGUCACUAUUAGUGAGCGGGGAAAGACUGCCGCCACUCAGACUUGAUAUGUGGAGCAUCCUUAUGCAUUCCUUAUCCCCCAGAAAUAAAGAUAGAUUGGAAAUUUGAGCAGUUCUUGGCCAUGUCGCUCAGCCCCCACCCCACAUUUGAGACUGUGUAGAUAUAUUUUUGUUGAGUGCAUCAGUUUUCAGUCUUUGUUUAUAUUUUUAUACGAUGUUUUGAGUUACCAUGGUAACAUUAGUGAUUUACUAAUGGAAAUUUGAGUGAAUGUAAAUUGAUAUUCCUUUUGAAAUGGACCAUGUCACCUCCAUUGCUGUCUAAACUUGUUCUACAUUGGGCGGGUUGGAGAGGGAGUUCCACUUCCUUUUUUUUUUCUUCUUUUUUUUAUUGAAAAGCGUCCUCUGUCUUGUGUGUAAAAGCUCACAACAUUGUCUGUGGAUGUUGUAUAAAUGUGUACGUGGCAUAGGCACAUGGACUUGAUAGAGAUAUCACCAUAUGCCUUUUCUGUAUUUGUCUACUGUGAGUUCCAUUUUUACAUGCUGUUUAAGCUGAGGCCAUAAUCACUCCACUGCCAUAAAGGUUGGACAGUUAAACUGGGACAUGAUAUUUUUUUAGUUUUUAUUUUGCCUUUUUUAAUUUCAGUAUUUCCUUUGGCACUUAGUUGGGAGUGUUCUAGCCCUUUUAAGUGUUAAUUUGUUCGACAGGUAGCUGCUUUAUUUAUUUUUUUAGCUUUGAAUUUCUUUUUCUUGGCAUAUCUGUUUCCAUCAGUCUAAGCGCACAGUGAGGUUUGAGGGAUCAGGUCAGGAAGGAUAAAUGCUCUUACAUCUGAGCUGGGGUAUUUGUACAGUGCGAUUCCUAUUGUACAAAUAAAUCACUAAAAUUGCAA